AUGCUUACCAUGUUAGAGGAGGCCCCGAGAGAAUCAAUGGCAGUUCAAAUGGCGUCAAAGAUAGCCCCACCGACCAACGGUGUUAAUGGGGCACACCACAAGAAAGCCCAGCUCAAUCGCGCAGGCGAGCUUGAAGAACUUCUAGACUCGGUCAAGCAACUCAUAAUACCUUUCGUUAGAAAGGCAGACGACGCAGCGCAAUGCAGAGCUGCUGGGCAGGGUCGUGUCCCACCAGGUACGAACGUGCUCGUGGAGAGGCUGGAACCCGAGAAGCUGGUGAAGCGAUUGGACUUCUCGCUGCCAGGAGAGGGCAGAGGCCGGGACGGGCUUCUAGCUACAGUCCAGGAGCUCCUGGAAAACAGCGUCAAUACGUGGGAUCAAGGGUUCAUGGAUAAGCUAUAUGCAAGCACGAACCCGGUCGGAGUGAUCUCCGAGCUCAUUCUUGCCACACUGAACACCGCCCUCCACGUAUGCCACGUCUCACCCGCUCUCACCAUCGUCGAGAAGACCACAGCCCGCGCCCUGGCGUCCAUCAUGGGCUUCACGGGCCCGCGCGCCGGCGGCAUCACCUGCCCAGGGGGCUCGGCGUCGAACAUGACGUCGCUCGUGAUCGCGCGGAACACGCUGUACCCGGACACCAAGCGCGACGGCAACGGGCCGCGCAGGCUCGUUCUAUUCACCAGCGUGCACUCUCACUACAGCAUCGAGAAGGCCGCCAGCACGAUGGGGCUGGGCGCCGCCGGCACGGGCGUGGUCCUUGUGCCGGCCGAUGCGGAGGGGCGCAUGAUCCCGGGUGCUCUUCGCCGUAUGGUGCUACACGCCAUACAGGAGGGCAAGACGCCCUUCUACGUCAACGCGACCGCGGGCACCACCGUGCUCGGUGCCUUCGACCCGAUUUGCGAAAUCAGUGCCGUCUGUAAGGAGUUCGGUCUGUGGUUGCAUGUCGACGCAUCGUGGGGCGGACCUGUGGCCUUCUCGUCUCAGCAGAGACACAAGAUAGACGGCGCCGGGCUGGCGGAUAGUCUCACGAUCAAUCCGCAUAAAAUGUUGGGCACUCCGCUGCCAUGCUCGUUCCUGCUGACGAACGACCUUUCAGUGUUUCACAGGGCAAACACGCUGCCUGCAGGGUACUUAUUCCACAGUGAAUCGGCUGAAAGAGAUGUCUGGGACCUGGCGGAUCUGACAUUGCAGUGUGGCCGCAGAGGGGAUGCGCUGAAGCUGGCACUGAGCUGGAUAUAUUAUGGAGCAGACGGAUUCGAGAAACAAAUCAACCAUGCCUUCUCGGUAGCUGGACUUUUGGCGACGAUGAUACAAGACCAUCCCGACUUCGAACUCGUGUCGACGAAUCCGCCCCCAUGCCUUCAAGUAUGCUUCUACUACACACCGGGUGGUGUUCAAACAGGUAUAGAUGAGAACACAAGACGCACGCGGGCAAUGAUUACGGCGUUGGUAGAUCGGGGGUUCAUGGUGGAUUAUGCACCAGGUAAUAGGGGGAGCUUCUUUAGAGUCGUUGUUAACUGCCAGACCUUGGCAGAAACGGUGAAGGGACUGGUAAAUGCGUUGGUAGAAACUGGGAAGGGCGUCAUAGACGAGGAACUAGGUACUAUCGCUUAA